UUGUGGAUUCAUGUCUGAGGUGCUUCUUACAGGCGGUUCUUGGCGUGUGAUUGUGCUUCCCUUUCAUAAUGGCUUCUAGAGCAAUUUUGAGGCAGAGACGGCUUCUUUCCGAUUACCUUGAUGUCUCUGUUCGUGGUCUCACCAACUACUCCGAGUCUCAUGAUUGUAUCCCUACUCUAGAUCAUCCUUUCAAACCCUUGAACGAGGAUACAGCCUUUACAUGGAAUCAGGAGUCUGAUAACUUCUAUCAAUUACGACUCUUCACGCCAGAUAAAUUUUAUGCUAUUACUACAAGACAUGGAAAGCUAGGAUCUAUGUUUCCCAUGAGGGUUGGAUGGGUAUCUCAAUCAAUACGUUACUCUACCACAGUCGGUCAAUCAAAUUUGGGCAGUGAGGAUGAGGAUAACAAACACCGGCUUGAUAAAAAGAGGAAAGAAGCAUCACCGGAGGAAUGUGAUCAAGCUGUUGAGGGCUUAAGCAGUGCCAAGGCUAAAGCCAAGGCCAAACAGGUGACUGAAUCUCACAAGGAUGCUAAAUCCAUUUUGCAGAGGACUUGGGCCAUGCUAUUGGGGAUUGGUCCAGCUCUAAGAGCUGUGGCUUCCAUGAGCAGGGAAGAGUGGGCUAAGAAACUCACUCACUGGAAAAACGAUUUUGUAUCCACCUUGAAGCAUUACUGGUUGGGCAUUAAGCUCCUUGGUGUUGAUGUUAGGAUCAGUUCCAGAUUGCUUCUAAAGCUUGCUAAUGGAAAGGGUCUCUCUAGGAGGGAGAGGCAACAAUUGACACGAACCACUGCAGAUAUCUUUAGGCUAGUUCCUGUUGCUGUUUUCAUCAUUGUACCUUUCAUGGAAUUUUUGUUGCCAGUAUUCUUGAAACUAUUCCCCAAUAUGUUACCUUCUACCUUUCAGGACAAGAUGAAAGAACAGGAAGCAUUGAAAAGAAAGCUAAAUGCAAGAAUAGAGUAUGCAAAAUUUCUUCAAGAUACAGUAAAAGAGAUGGCUAAAGAGAUCCAAAACAGCAGGAGUGGAGAAAUUAAGAAAACAGCUGAAGAUCUUGAUGAAUUUUUGAACAAGGUCAGAACAGGUGCUGUUGUUUCUAAUGAAGAGAUUUUGGGAUUUGCCAAGUUAUUUAAUGAUGAACUUACACUUGAUAAUAUCAGCAGGCCUCGUUUAAUGAAUAUGUGCAAGUAUAUGGGAAUCCAACCUUAUGGGACAGACGCUUACUUGCGAUACAUGCUUCGUAAAAGAUUGCAAUGGAUAAAGAAUGAUGAUAAGAUGAUUCAAGCAGAGGGUGGCGUGGAUGCUCUUUCUGAAGCUGAGCUUCGUGAAGACUGUAGAGAGCGAGGCAUGCUUGGAUUACUUUCUGUGGAGGAAAUGCGUCAGCAGCUCCGUGAUUGGUUGGAUUUAUCUCUUAAUCACUCUGUCCCAUCUUCACUCCUUAUCCUUUCCAGGUCUUUCACUGUAUCUGGAAAGCUAAGGCCUGAGGAAGUUGUCCGAGCUGCAUUGUCUUCAUUACCAGAUGAAGUUGUGGACACUGUCGGUGUUACAGCAUUGCCAUCGGAGGAUUCUGUUUCAGAAAGGAAGAGAAAGCUGGAGUUCCUUGAAAUGCAAGAGGAACUCAUUAAGGAAGAAGAAGAGAAAGAGGAAGAGGAGCAAGCCAAGAUGAUGGAUUCUGUUGGUAGCAAGGAGGAUGCGACAUUGAAAGAGAUGAUUGAUGUAACAGCCUCAGAAGCACAAGAACAGGCAAGAGCUAGAGCACUUGACAAACAAGAGCAGCUCUGUAAAGUCAGUGAAGCUUUGGCUGUUUUAGCUUCUGCAUCUUCUGUGAACAGGGAGAGAGAAGAGUUUCUGAGGCUUGUCAACAAAGAGAUAAAUUUUUAUCAUAGUAUAAUGGAUAAAGAGGGCACCGAUGGCGGAAAAGAGGCCAUGAAAGCAUAUAAAGCUGCCCGUAAGGAAAGUGAAAAUUCAGCUGAUGAACCUGUAGCCGAUGAGGUCUCUUCAGCACUCAUAAAUAGGGUUGAUGCUAUGCUCCAAAAUCUUGAGAAAGAAAUUGAUGAUGUGGAUGCAAAGAUUGGUGACUGUUGGCGGAUGCUUGACAGAGAUUAUGAUGGAAAAGUUACUCCCGAGGAAGUGGCAUCUGCAGCCAUGUACUUGAAAGAUACUUUAGGCAAGGAAGGGGUUCAAGAGCUUAUCAGUAACCUUUCCAAAGAUAAAGAGGGGAAGAUUCUUGUUGAAGACAUAGUGAAAUUGGGAAGUCGAGCAGAAGACGUUGGUUGAUCUUAAGCAGAGCUGAAUAAUGGUAUUGUUUGAUUUUACUUGUAACUAGUAUAUGAAUUCUGAUAGCUUUCUUGUAGCAGAUUGUCAGGCUAGUUCACCAAGUGCCAUCCACUUCUUUUGCCAUCUUCUAAUGGCUUAAAGUGUGAAACUGUGUUCUUGAUGAUCCUUUUUCUUUUUUCAAUUGGCAAUGGCAAUCUCUAUCAGAUCGUACAUUAAUAUAGUUAUGAAUUUUUGUCCUAGUAAAGAGGGUGUGUGGCAUUGUUAGUGCUAUGUACACAUGAUAGACCAUGUUACCUACUUUAUCACAGUUAUUAUGUUUAAUGAUGGAGGGGAAAAUUUGCU